AUGGAGGGCAGCAGGAGAAGUGGCAACAAAACCACUGGGGGGCUGGCCAGCUUUUUCGGAACCAGCAAAGCACUGGCUGGCGUCCCACUAACUGGUAUGAAUCCCUUGUCUCCUUAUUUAAAUAUGGAUCUAAGAUAUCUCGUACAGGAUAAAGAUGAGUUUAUUUUACCAACUGGAGCUAAUAAAACCAGGGGAAGAUUUGAGCUGGCCUUUUUAACUAUUGGAGGAUGUUGUAUGACAGGGGCUGCAUUUGGGGCAAUCAGUGGUCUAUGGCUAGGAUUGAAGGAAACCCAGAAUAUGGCCUGGUCCAAACCAAGAAAUGUCCAGACUUUGAAUACGGUGACUAAGCAAGGGGCUGUUUGGGCUAAUACUCUAGGCUCUCUGGCUUUGCUCUUUAGCGCAUUUGGUGUUGUCAUUGAGAAAACACAAAGUGCAGAAGAUGAUCUCAAUACAGUAGCAGCUGGAACCACGACAGGCAUGUUACAUAAAUCUACUGAUGGACUUUGA